AUGGGGCGUCCGAUGACAGCAGAGGCAGCAGACCGCCACGGCCGCUCCCUGGAGACUCCCGGGACGUCCCUGCGUCGCCUGCUUGGGCUGUGGCAGCCGCGGGGCCGACACUCCCGCACAGUGGCCGCCGCCCUGACAAUGACCUGUCUAACGUGGCUGUCCCUCACCUCUAGCCUCAAGCUGCUCAUAGACCCGCCAGUGGAGCUCGAAGAAGUCGCACUAUGUAGCUUCAUCGCUUCAAUUUGCACCGGAUUUUUGAUCAAGGCGAGUGUGGUGCCGGCGCUGAUCGGCUGGAUUUUCUUCCCGCUGAUCUCACACGCGCUGAUUAACUCUGAGAAGGAAUCGUCUGAAGCCAGCUGGCAGUUCCCCGUGGCCCACUGGAUACCGGCGAAUAUGCAAGUGUCACCUGCAUACGAGAUACUGUACGUAGUCCAGUCUUUCUGUCUAAUAGUGGCAUCUCAGUCGACUAAUUCUAUAGACCUUUUCUUCAUUCACAUGAUGCUGAUGGUUGCAGCCGAGCUAGAAGUCUUGAGCGAGAAUGUUUCAGCUAUGAAAAAAGUUGAUGGGAGUUUAAUGAAAACAGAAAAUGGAGGAUGUGAACAAAUCACCAAAGAAGUGCUCGGCCAUGGAGAUGGAAACUCUCGUAGCAAGGAAGAUUUUUCAGGACAAGACAUGACAGAUCAUCAUAUGUAUGUACUGUUAGUGAAGAACGUUCGGCAUCAUCAGGCAAUUCUUAAAGCUUUCACCCUGCUGCAGGAAACCAUGGACAAAUCAAUCUUCAUUCUUCUUUUCGUCAACAUGGCAGAUUUAUGUUCGUGUGUCUUUGCUACCGCUAUACUGUUGCAGAGAGGUGGAAAUGUUGCAAAAGCGCUGAAGCCACUUAUCACAAUUCCGCCAUGCUUAUAUGAGACUGUCAUGUACUGCUUUUUCGGCAACAUCGUAACUGACAAGAGCGAGGAUCUGCUGAACUCAGCCUACAGCUGUGGAUGGGCAGACUGCGACACUCGCUUCAGGCGGGGUCUUGUGUUCUUCGUGACGCAAGCCAUGCGCCCUCUGGAGAUCACAGUGGGCAAGAUGUGCAAGCUGUCCAAACAGAUGCUGCUGCAGGUACUGAAUGGAUCUUACAUGUUGCUGAAUCUGCUGUACAGUACUAGUUGA